CCAAAUACAUUCUUAGUAUUUGUGCUUUUUUGCUAAGGAAAGAUGUUUCUCUCUACAAUUUUUGCUCUGGUGCUCGGAUUCAUCGUCUACCUCUACAUUUCUCUGGUGGCAAAUCCCAGAAAGAUACAAAAAGCGUUGAAGAAACAAGGAAUCAAUGGCCCUCCUCCAAAAAUCCUCCUCGGUAACAUCCUCGAGAUCAAGAAAUCCCGGGACGCUGCCACGAAUGCUGCUGCCAAGUCGGGCCCCCCAGCCGUCCACAACACCGCCUCCGUAUUCCCAUUUUUGGAGCUAUGGAGGAAGCAAUACGGUCAAAUGUUCACAUUUUCUCUGGGGAAUCUGCAAGUUCUAUACGUGAGCGAUCCAAACGUCGUGAAGGAGAUCACAACGACGACGUCUCAGGACUUGGGGAGGCCUGCUUACCAGCAGAAAACAUUUGGCCCUCUUCUUGGACAGGGCAUCUUGACAUCCAACGGUGCGAUUUGGGCACGACAAAGAAAGAUCAUGGCUCCCGAGUUGUUUAUGGACAAGGUUAAGGGAAUGAUGAGCAUAAUCUCUGAAUCUGCCGACACAGUGGUGAAUACAUGGAAGCAAGAAAUCGAAGCCAACAAUGGUGGAGUUCUUGACAUCGCUGUCGACAGUUACAUGAAGAGAUUUUCAGGAGAUAUUAUUUCGAGAGCUUGUUUUGGAAGUAAUUAUACUAAAGGACAUUAUAUUUUCUUGAUGCUUGGGGCUCUCCAAGAGCUUGUGUCCAAGAAAACAAUGUCUGUUGGCCUUCCCGGAUUAAGGCAUCUUCCGACAAAGAGCAAUAGGAAGAUAUGGGCUUUGGAGAAGGAAAUCCGGACAUCAAUAUUGAAGCUUGUAAAGGAGAGGGAAGAGGCUGGAUACGAGAAGGAUUUGCUUCAAACUCUUGUAGAAGGAGCAAAGGGGACUUAUUCAACAUCUUCUGCGAUGGAUCAGUUCAUUGUCGAUAACUGCAGAAACAUAUACUUAGCUGGCUUCGAGACAUCCGCCAUUUCAGCUUCAUGGUGUUUAAUGUUGUUAGCUUCAAACCCCGAGUGGCAAACGCGCAUUCGGGAAGAAGUAGAGCAAGUGUGUCGGGGGCAGGUCCCCGACGUUGACAUGCUUAGUAAAAUGAAACAGUUGCAUACCGUGAUUCAAGAGACAAUGAGGUUGUAUCCACCGUCGCCAACCCUUGCUCGGGAGGUGUCAAAAGAUAUGAAGAUAGGGAACGUGCACGUGCCAAAGGGCGUGAAUGUGUGGACCAUGGUGGCCACGUUGCAUACGGACCGUGACAUAUGGGGUCCGGAUGCUCUCCAAUUCAAGCCGGAGAGGUUCCAAAAUGGGAUCUCGGGUGCUUGCAAGAGCCCCAAGUGCUACAUGCCCUUCGGGUUUGGACAACGUGUGUGUGUCGGGCAACAUCUGGCCAUGGUGGAGCUUAAGUACCUCAUGGCUCUAAUCAUCUCCAACUUCUCCUUCACUUUGUCUCCCAAAUAUGUUCAUAAGCCAGAGAUGACCAUGAUGAUAGAGCCUAAGCAUGGAGUUCACAUUUUAAUUAACAAGAUAUGAUUAAGAAGAGUACGAACAAGUUGCUUUUUGUGUUGGUUAUUCUAUCGAAUAAGUUUGUACGCAAAUAAGUGGUUUUUCUUCUUCUUUUGUAUGCAUUUAAGAUGGUUAAUUAGUUGGUCUUAUUUGUCAUCUCUAACUUAAUUGACAAUGUAUUGAAAUGGGAAAUUCAGCUGGUCCUACAUGGCUGCAUUAUUA